AUGGCUUCCUUCAACAAGGAGCUUGAACAGGAGCUUCUACAAGCUGCGAAGAGUCUCUUAUAUCCUCCUUCUUCUCUCAAUAACCUACUCCGUCUUCUAUGUCAAGUUGGAAGCUGCUUGUCAAGGGUUGAACAGUCACGUGCUGAAUCUAAGAAAAAAGAACUCUCUUCAUUAUCGAAAGCUUUAAUUGCUGAUGAACUUAUAAACAAUUCAGAUGUUGAUGUCAAAGUUGCACUUGCCUACUGCUUCAGUGAGUUAACAAGAAUCACUGCACCUAAUGCUCCUUACGAUGAUCACCAAAUGAAGGAGGUCUUUGGAUUAAUUGUAUCGUCGUUUGAAAUUCUAUAUGAUAAAUCAAGCCGAUGGUACGAAGAGAAGAUUUUAAUCCUUGAAUUGGUUGCAAAACUUAGGUUAUGUGUGCUAAUGCUGGAUCUUGAAUGUGAUGACCUCAUUUUGGAGAUGUUUCAGCAUUUCUUGGAGACAAUAAGGGAACAUCAUCCAGAAACUGUUUUCUCGUCCAUGAAAAGCAUAAUGGUUCUUGUUCUUGACGAAAGUGAUGAUAUAUCUCUGGACUUACUCUCUCCAAUCAUAGACAGUGUAAAGAAAGACAAUGAGGUAAGUUUGCCAAUUGCUCUAAAGUUGGGGGAAAGUGUUCUUCAAAGUUGUGCCACAAAGCUGAAACCCUAUUUAAGGCUAGCUGUGAAUGAGUUGGGUAUUUCCUUGGAUGAUUAUAGUGAUGUUCUUGCCUCAGUAUACAACAAUAGAUAA